GGUGUGCACUGAUAAAGUUACAAGAAUGACAAAGUGUUCUAGAGAUCUGUGAAAUAUUAAAUUGUAUUUCUUUUCUGUUGCAUUUAUCAGGAAUCUUGUUCAAUACUGGGAUAGGACAACACAUCCUUAAGAAUCCUCUUGUAAUUGAAAGCAUCAUCAGUAAGGCUGCAUUGAGAACGACUGAUACAGUCCUUGAAGUUGGUCCUGGUACUGGAAAUAUGACAGUUAAGAUGCUUGAUAAGGCCAAGAAGGUAGUUGCUUGUGAACUUGAUCCUCGUCUCGUUGCUGAAUUACAAAAGAGGGUUCAAGGAACACCAUUUGGUCCUAAGUUGCAGGUGAUAGUUGGUGAUGUGCUGAAGACUGAUCUGCCUUUCUUUGACGUCUGUGUUGCCAAUUUGCCAUACCAGAUCUCUUCUCCGUUCGUGUUCAAGCUUCUCCUUCAUAGACCGUUCUUCAGGUGUGCAGUGUUGAUGUUCCAGCAGGAGUUUGCCCAGAGGUUGGUAGCGAAGCCUGGUGACAAGCUAUACUGUAGGCUGUCUAUCAACACACAGCUACUGGCCAGAGUAGAUCAUCUCAUGAAGGUUGGUAAGAAUAACUUCAAGCCUCCUCCCAAAGUUGAGUCUAGUGUGGUUAGGAUAGAACCCAGGAAUCCACCUCCUCCUAUUAACUUUCAGGAAUGGGAUGGCCUGGUUCGCAUUGCUUUUGUAAGGAAGAAUAAGACUCUAUCUGCUGCCUUUAGGAACAAAGGAGUUGUUGAGAUGUUGGAAAAGAACUACAGGAUACAUUGCUCUGUUAAGAACAUACCCAUACCAGAGGACCUAGACAUGAAGGAUAAAGUUACAUCAGUUAUAGAAAAGAUUGGAUUUGAAGGAAAGAGAGCAAGAACUAUGGAUAUGGAUGAUUUCUUAAAGUUAUUAUCCAGUUUCAAUUCAGAAGGGAUCCAUUUUUCAUGAUACAGACCUUCGAUAAAAACUCUUACAGACUGGAUUAUUGAUGAAUGCAUGGUGCUGCAAGCAUGGCAUAUUAAGUGGAAAAAGAAACACUCAGAUGAAUCAAAAGAAAGAUUCUGAAACCUGGGAGAAAGUUUUGGAAAUGGCAGCAAUAACCAUAAAAGAACAACAUCCUGUGAUUUGAGAAUAUCUUGUGACUUAUUCCAGAAUAUUUCACCAUAGGGCAUCAAUGAGGACAAGCAUAUUAUUGAUUGGGUAAAGACCAGCUUGCCAUGGACAAACAACAAAGGAACAUACAGGAUUUUUCCUUUUAACUUUUCAUGUUAAACAUUUUAUUGCAUGGUGGCAAAUGCAUGCAUCAUUUUUAUUUACCUUGUCAAGUACUUCUGUACUUUUGUCAAUAUUUUUUUGUCAUCAUAUAUCCUUUUUAAAUCUAAAAUUGAUUUUUUUUAAAAAGAAAAACAGUUGUAUUGGUUUCACUUCUAUUUAUCACCACAAUAAAUACUUGGAGCCUUUAUAUGUUAUCAUUAUUCAAAGAGCUAUUAUAUGUUGGUGAUUGUUGUAAAAAAAAAAUUUAAAGAAUGAAUGGAACAUGUUUUUGAAGUUCAAAAAUUACCAAUUUACAUGGAAAAACAUUGAUUUAAGUAUCCAUGAGAGUGAUUGUUUUCAAUUCUUAUACUUCUAAAAUAUUUGGUAUGGUUUCUAGGGCUCUGCAUCAAAAUAUAUUGGGUCAAACAACAAAAUGUGGUCAUUUAUCCAAAUUGUGUUUUUCUGAUUAUGCAACAGGACUGAAAUAAAUGCACUACAAAUACCAAAUCAUCCUGUAUGCAUGUUCAUAACACCUACUUUAAUCAAAGUGAAUGAAAACUGUACUCUUGAUAAUGAAGCAUUUGUCAUGCAUAUUACAAAUUGUAAUGCAGGAUAAAUCAUGCGCCCAUCUAUUUCCUCUGUAUGUUAUCCAACAUAUUGCUUCCUUUAUUAAAUUAUUUUUUGAGAUUAUAGUAUGAAAUGAGUGUGUUUACUUGAUUAGUUUAGAGUAUUAUACGAGUACAAUCGCCAUCUACUAUUGAUGGUAUUUAGUGUUGAAACAAAGUUUAAGGUAUUAAUUCUGAUGCCUGGGCUUGCCAAGUAUGUACAUAAUAAACAUGUUUCGUAAAGGUU